AUGAACAGAGCCAGGUUCGAUGAGACUAAUCGAAAAUUUUAGGAAUAUUAAGCUGAAUUCAAAAUUCCACUCCUCCCCUCCAGUCAAUAGGAAAACUUUAACGCUUAAACCUUCUAUAGACUUUAUCCAGAAUUGACUCCAUUGAAUGCCAUAAAACCCCAUCAAGCACAAGCCUUUAAUCCAGAAAAGACAAGACUCUACAUAGAGAGUCUGUAAAAGCAAAAUCAAGAGAUCAAUUUUGAGUUAAGACAAUAAGCGCAUGAUAUUGUUGCUUUGUCUCAGAUGGUUAAUACAUUGAUUGAUGAAAAUCGAAGUCUUUCGUUAUUACUCGAACAAAAGGAUUAAGAGAUGCAUUCCAUUGUUGAAACCAUGACGAUUAACGAAGCUGAGGAAAUCCAAGACCUCAGACACUAAUUAAGAUUAUUGGAGGAUGAAAAUUGUGUCCUCUUAAAGCAUGUCUAAGAAUAAAGAUAAUAAUUAGAUGAUAAGAUACAAGAUGGUUAUGAAUUAGAAAAGCAGUUCUAAAAUUCAAAAAAAUAUUGUCUCUAACUUGAAUAAUAGGUUGAAAAAUAUAAGUUAUCUGAAAUUUCACAAACUGAGUAAAUGCAAAUCAUCAAGGAGAACUGCAGAACGGAAAUAGAACUUAAGAAUUCUUAUCAAUUCGAAAAUCAGAAAAAGGACAGUAUCAUUACAUCACUGACCUUCACAGUUGAAAAAUUGAAUAAACAAUUGUUGUAAUUCUAAUCAGAUUUUGAGAAAUUGCAAUCAGACAAAAAUGAUUUGCAUUCUCAAAGCAAUCUUAAGAUCUAUGAAUUGAAUCAAAAAUUAGAUGAUUAGAGUAAUGAAAUAUCGAAAUAUCAGAUUAUCAAUAAUCAAUUAACUAAAGAAAUCGAUUAAUAUCACGAAGAACUUAAAGAUAAGUAAUUCCUUUGUGAUCAAAUCGCUGACCAAAACGAUGACAUUAUGAACAAAUUAUAAAUGGAAAUUGAGAAAUCGAGGAAACUAUCUGACAACGAAGCUAGACUCUAAGAACAUAUCGGAAAGUUGAGUUUGUAAAAUGCUGAAUAUUUCAAUGAAUUGAAUUAGCAAUCAGAACAAAUUGGCGAAUUGAUUGAUACUGCUCAAAGGGAUUUGGAAACUUAGAAGUUGAAAUUCAAUGAAAGUAUGUAGAAGUUAAAAUAAGAUUACUUGAAUGAUCUUAAAGAUAAACAAUUGGAGAUCUAAGAACUUGAAGAGAAGAACACUACAAUCCUAAAGGAAUGGAAUGCAGUCAAGAAUGAACAUGAAAUACUUAAGAUAGAUUAUGAAUAGUGCAAAAAAGAAAUUAGUGAUUAUCAACAAUAAAAGAGAAUUAUUGAAUAGCUUUAGUUGCAAAAUAGACAAUUAAAACUCUAAUUGGAAGAAAACAAGGCUUUGUUACAAGAAUUCGUAUCACACAAAGGUGGAGUCUAGGCAGACAUCGAAGAAAGGGAUAAACAAAUUCAAAAAAUCAUCAAUCAGAAGGACGAUCGCAUUGCUGAAUUAGAGAGGGAUUUUUAAAUGUAUUAUGAAAAAUGUGCGAUUCUAUAACAACAUCAAAAGAAUAACGAACAUCUAGAGUAAUUGAACUUUACUUUUAGGGAAUAAAAAGAAUUAUUUGAAUAAGAAAAUGAAAGAUUGAAAUAGGAGAUUUCAAAAUUGCAAGGUUAAAUUAAUAAUUAUGCUACUGUAUAAAAACAAUAGAAAUUAAGAGCUGACAAAUAAAUCAUUGAAGAAAAUUAAUAACUUAGAAAAGAGCUUAAUGAAAAGGCAAAUGAACUACAGAAGCUAAAGGAUCAAUAACCAAAUAUGAACACAUUGCCUCUGCCUCCUAAAUAGCCAAGUGAAGCUGGUAGUAGAGUGAGACAAGGACAACCUUCUCAAGACUUUUAACAAACAAAACAGAAUCAAGUGUAUCUCGCACCAUAGUAAUUAAUCUAACCAUCUUCUCCUCAUCAUUCAUAACAUUCACCGGCUCUAUCAAGAAGAAACAUUUAGGAAUCAGAUGAUGGUUCAGUUAAGGGAGGAGGAAAUACUUAAAACAAAAAUAUGUAGUAUUCUUUUGCUGAUGAUCAACUGAAAUAAUAAUAACAAUAAUAAUAAUAAUAGCAAUAAAGAUAGAGAGAAAGAGAAAAUUCAUAUCAUUCUAAUAUGUCAAAUGCUCCUUACAGAAAAAAAUCAUAAUAAAUAUGA